AUGAUAUGGAAUGAGAUAGGUUAUUCAAUCACACCAACAAAAAAAACUAACAAAACCGCAAAAAUUUCCUGUCAGCAAAGAAAGUCGAGUCGGCUUCAACUUUUGUCUCAAAAUGGGACAUAUGUCACCAACCGUCGACUAGGCUUUCCCCUUAAAGUUGAGUCGGCUUUUCUUGCUGUUUUGUCAUUUCAUGACUUAAUUGAACCAUUUCUUAUAGAACUUGCUUAUAAUAACCACAAGAACAACAUAAUGAAUCUUCUUUUGAAAGCUUUAUGUCCUAUAGAUGAUGCAGUUCUCCUGGAAAGACGACGAGUUAUAUCCGCAAAUGUUGGGCAUGCUUGGGACCUUCCUGAAAACACAUUCGGGGCAGCCUACGCCAAGUUCAUGGGAUCAAGGAAUUUUUCCCCAGAUGAUAGACCACCUGUUCGGUUUAUGGUCACCGAAGAACUAGCAUAUGUGGCAAUGGGGGCCAGAGAGGUGCAUGACUUCUGGCACACCCUUUUCGGUCUUCUAACAAACCUAUUGGGUGAGUCAGCUCUGAAGGUCAUAGAGUUUCAGCAAAUGCAUCUUCCAAUGUGCUUCAUGUCAGUCAUAGGAGGAACAGCAAGAUUUAACUCAAAGCGAAGAGCCCAGUUUUUUGAGCAUUACUUCCCUUGGGUCUUAAGUGCUGGGAUGAACUGCACAGAUCUGAUGUGUAUAUAUUAUGAAAUCCAUUUUGAUGAGGAUCUAGAUGCUGUUCGUAGAAAAUGGGGGAUCAUUUGUGCUCCUUCUCCCCCUGCUACUAAAUUGAAACAAAGCUGAGCCAAGACUGAUUCCCAAGAGCUAAGUUUCUGGGAUAUGAACUUAAAACUUUAAAUUCAGGUUUGGAUUUGUCAAAAUAGAAGAUAGUUGGGUUUCGUAGGUAUUAUAAGCUGAAAGUUUGAGAAUACAACAGUGGCAUAUUUUUCACUUCAAUCAGAACUUUGAGAACUGCAGGCAUGACCGUCGAUUAGGAAGG